AUGAAAGCCCGUUCCUCCCGCCCAGUGACAACAAUAACGGUGACAUCAGAAGAAACCAUUCAAACGCACAAUGCACGUGAUACCCCACGGACAUUUGAGUACAAAACCAAAAGGAAUGAACUCAUGCGAAGGUUGGAGGAAAUGCGAAAUGCGUUGGAAGAAGAUAAUAAUAAUAAUAAUAAAGGAUCACGUGUGAAACUUUGUUAUUAUGAUAUUACAUUUAAUUGCAGGGAUCCCGUCGAUGUUACUGUUAUGAGUGGCUUUCAGAGAUUUGAGGGACUCGGGGACACAUUAAGCGGACACAUGAAAUGCGAAGAAGAUGACAGGCACAAAUUUGUGGGGUUAAUUAAAGAAAUUAUUCAAUUGGAUGUGAGUCACCGCGCGAGGAAUAUGGACAAAAGUGAAAUUGCGGUAGUGAGGAUUGCAGCAAACUUCAAGGAACUUAACAGCACCUUCACGAGAAGCGCGGCAACACUCCUUUGA